GGUCCCGCUGCAACGCCAGCAGCCGACAGCCACAAUGCUUCCUCCCGUCGACGAAUCGGUCCUGCAGGCCAAUCCAGAGUUUGCAACGCUCUAUUCCAAACUCACAAUCGAUAUACUCAAUCCUGAUGGAUCCACCAGAAAAGGCCCCGGCGCAGACGAGCGCAGGUCGGUUACAGAAGAACUGAACGAAUACCGGCUCGAAGCUGCCAAACAACAUCUCCUUUGCGAUGCGAUAUCCAUCGCAAACCCGCAGUCCCUCCAACCCAAGCAUGCCCCGGCGCCAUCCUUGACGAGGCGGCCACGACCGCAGCAGCAGACGUCGUCCCAAGCUCCAGAGCUCCCAGAAGCGCUGAUCGACCUCCUCCUGCUCCUCUCGUCGCUCCUUGCCACCUCACCCACCGAUCUGUCUCCCGAAUCUGUUGCCUUACUCCUCUCCAACCCGCCCCUGUCCGACUUCCCAGCCCACCUCCCACAGCUCGCAGCCCUCGUCUCCCACACACUCCACUCGUCCGCCGUACACCUCGCGCGAAUAGCCAACCCUUCCACCAACCCGUCCUACGUCCACCGCUCCAUCCCCUCCCUCCCGACCCACGCCGCCUCCCUCUCAAUGGGCAUCACCAACCUCAACGCAGAACUCACCGGCUCCCGACUAGCCGCUGCUUCCGAGCUCACCACGCUCUUACACAACCAAACGGGCGCCCUGUCCCAGCUCCUGCGCGCACUAGAAGCGAAGCACGGGCCCGUGGCGCGCUCGCUCGAGUUCCGCGCCACCGAGGCCGCCCUCACGGCGCAGCGCCAGCAGGCCGAGGCCGAGUCGACGCUCUGGCUCGCCCGGCGCGAGACAUACACCCCCCAAGCGGCGCAGGCGCUGCGGAAUUAUGCGAGCCACCUAAGGGACGCAAGGGCGCGGUUGAGCGAGGCGGUGCAUGCGCUUAGGGGGGAGCUGGAGGCGUACGGUGUUACUAUCGCUGAUGGUGGUGAUCAUCAUGAUGAUGGUGGGAAACGGGAAGGCAGUGGAGGUGGAAGAGGUGGUGGGGGGAAGGACAAGGAAAAGAUCAUGCGGGAGAUGGCGCGGGUGUAUCGUGACAUGGGACGGCAGAUGGAGGAGGUAAGGGGGGAUUUGGUGCGGUUGGGCAGGGCAUGAGUGUGUGGCCACAUGAAACGGGAGGGAGGUCUGUUUCCUCGGUCGCGCAGAGAUGAGCAAAGGGUGACGCGGG